UAUUUCCUGUGUCGUGGUCGUGAAAUAUGUGAAUCAGGCAGUCCGAGAAUUGGUAAGAUGGCGGCUGCGGCAGUGGUUGAAUUUCAGAGAGCACAGUCUCUGAUCAGCACGGAUCGGGACGCUUCUAUUGAUAUUUUACAUGCGAUCGUCAAGCGGGACGUCCAGGAGAGCGAUGAGGAGGCUGUGCGUGUCAAAGAACAGAGCAUCCUGGAACUGGGGGGUCUACUGGCCAAAACGGGGCAGGCAGCAGAGCUCGGUGGCCUCCUGAAGUAUGUACGACCCUUUUUGAACUCCAUCAGCAAAGCCAAGGCAGCGAGGCUGGUGCGCUCCCUGCUAGACCUCUUCUUGGACAUGGAGGCAGCCACAGGACAGGAAGUCGAGCUGUGCCUGGAGUGCAUUGAGUGGGCCAAAUCUGAAAAGAGGACAUUCCUGCGCCAGGCAUUGGAGGCACGCCUGGUCUCGCUGUAUUACGACACCAAGAGGUUCCAGGAGGCCCUACUGCUAGGCUCAAAGCUCUUGCAGGAGCUGAAGAAGAUGGAUGACAAAGCGCUGCUGGUGGAGGUGCAGCUCCUGGAGAGCAAGACGUACCAUGGGCUCAGCAAUCUGCCCAAGGCCCGUGCCGCCCUCACAUCUGCCAGGACAACAGCCAACGCCAUCUACUGCCCACCCAAGCUGCAGGCUGCCCUUGACAUGCAGUCGGGCAUUAUCCACGCAGCAGAGGAGAAGGACUUUAAAACUGCGUACUCGUACUUCUACGAGGCCUUUGAGGGCUACGACUCCAUCGAUAGUCCGCGGGCAAUCAAGGCUCUCAAAUACAUGCUGCUGUGCAAGAUCAUGCUCAACACGCCAGAGGACGUGCAGACGUUGAUAAGCGGGAAACUUGCCCUGCGACAUGCUGGCAGACAGACAGACGCACUGAAGAGUGUGGCCCAGGCUAGUAAGAACAGGUCACUAGCUGACUUUGAAAAGGCACUGACUGAAUACAGAGCUGAGCUGAGAGAUGACCCCAUCAUCAGCAACCACCUGACCAAACUUUACGACAACCUGCUGGAGCAGAACCUCAUCCGGGACAUCGAGCCCUUCUCCAGAAUCCAGAUUGAACACAUUUCCGGUCUUAUUAAACUGUCUAAGGCAGACGUUGAGAGGAAAUUAUCCCAGAUGAUUCUAGACGAGAAAUUCCAUGGCAUCCUGGACCAGGGAGAGGGCGUCCUGAUUGUUUUCGACGAGCCCCCUGUUGACAAAACGUACGGAGCAGCUCUGGAGACCAUUCAGAACAUGAGCAAAGUAGUCGACUCGCUCUACAACAAAGCCAAGAAGUUAACAUAGGUGAGGUCUGGCGUCUCCAUUGGGCCUAAAUUUGGCCAAUUCUACAACAAAAACUCUGAGGAGAGGAGGCGCAAUAGGGAGGAGCGGAAAUCUACACCCAGGACACAACAAAUGACAAAAAAAAGAUUUGAGAAGAAAAUGGGAAAAAAAACACCCCCCUCCCCCCUCUUGCAAAAAAAAAAAAAAAAAAAAGACAACAAACAUAACAAACUGAUGGGGCUCUUCUGGCACUUCCAGCUUUCACCUGGAAAGUUUUUAAAAUGUCGUCAGUUUCCCCAGCUCCCCCCCUCAGUGGACGGUUGUCAACUUUACCCCCUAAACACUUAGUUUUUGAUUCUGGGUUUGUAUUUGUUUUCCGUUUUCCUCCCUCUCCUGUCGUCCUUCAUCACACGUUCCUCCGACGCUCUUCAAGAGGGCUAUCAGGGAAUCCUUCUGAUAAUACAACAGUUACACACACACACACACAAGAGUCAUAUACACCCACAACAGAGUUCUAUGUGAAAUGUACAUAUACAGAUUUGGCCUUGAGCUCUGCAGGCAGGCCAACCCCUGGACUUAAGGUUCAGCUGUGUUGCCAACACCCGCGCCCCUCUCCCAGAAUGCGGCUGUGGACGUAAGUCUCCCCGAAGUCGUCGUCCCCCCCCCCCCCCCCCCCCCCCGACACGUCCAUGAGCUACACCAGAGGAACGGUUUUAAGGGCCCACCCCCCCUACCCCUGCACCCCAACCUCUUCCAGACCCCCACUCCGAUCCCACUGCACCCGCAUCUGGCUCCUCCUGCGAGUGUGGAUGGGGUGUAAGGACUGUUUGUAUCCGGGCGAGUGAUGGAGGCGGUGUAUCAAGGGAGGAGGAUGCCAUCACUAGGUGGGGCAUGAGCUAACCGCCUUCCUCCGCUCUAACUCUCCUCUCACAUUUGCGCCCCUCCAGGUCCCCUUUGUACAUAACGUUGCCAAGAGCCUCAUUCCAUGGCUUGUAUGGCCAUCACCCUUUUUUUAUAACGCUAAAAACAUGAUAAUAAAGUCACAAUGGGAGAACCUGUGUGUUGGAGUGGUCAUUGGCCUUACUGCUAAUCACAUAGCUGUGUUAUCAUUUCAUUUGUCUUGCGCAGGAUGAAUUUCCGAUGUUUAGGUAGAUCCGCAGUAGUCGAAACAGUUGUUUAGAGAUCUCCUAUGACGCCUACCAAGGGUGUUGGUAUGGUUGUAUAUCGUAACUCCUACACGACGAGUUUAUCAGCCCGACCGAUUUUGAUGUCCGUUAUCAUUUUGUAAAUAUUCUAAAUUGUUUUGAUUUUGUAAUCUAAAUUUUUCGCAUUGCAAAUCAAACGUAUCUGAAAAAAUAUUGUUGCUUGCCUGACCUCUCCGUGUGGUCUGCCCGUUACUGAAAAUAGGCUACAGUUGGGAACGAAAUGUAAUUUAAGGAAUUUCACUGUAAACGUUCAGUGAUUACGCAUUACAUAGCGUGAUUAGGCUCCGUGUUUGGACUGGUAUUUUGGCCAAUCAUAGUUUUAUGACGUAGAAUGCGGUAGUUGAAAUUCCAACGCUAGAUUGGCUGUAGCAUGUGUGCGCAUGCGCAGUGCUUUGCGCCUUAGUUCGCUGUCCACUACAUCUGUGGUGCUGGUUUAUGAAUCCACAUUCUGAGCUGCAUAUCUACGCAUCAACAAACGCGAAGAUGGCGGCCAGGACAAUGCAAGCGGCGCGGUGCCCCACAGACGAGCUGUCUCUGACCAACUGCGCGGUGGUGAGUGAGAAGGACCUCCAGUCUGGACAGCAUGUGACGGUGAAGACCACACCCAACCACAAGUUUGUGUUUACCACCAAGAGCCACCACACUGUGACACCAGGCACCAUCGCCUUCAGUUUACCCCAG